GUUAUAAAUUUUUUCAGGUAAGUACUGAAUACAACAGAGUAGAAGUACUGAGUAGUUUGAUCCCGAAUUCAUUCGGACUAUCUGUGGUAAGUACUUUCACCUUGUUGUUUUGCACCAUAUAGUUUAGACGAAUAUCUUCAGAAUGGGAGUGAAAAAGAAAGCAAAGACUGGCGUCAAGAAGACUGCGCCGAAGAAGGUAGAGGAGGUCCCGAAGCAGGUGCAGGAAACGCCAACGCCUGCUGUUGUCGAGAAAUGCAGCGGCAAGAAGGAGCAGCUUUCAUCUAAAAAAUCCAACAAAAAAGUUGCGACAUCAAAAAAGAAACCUGUGGUCUCUAUUGCACCAGUCAAAAGCAGUAAGCCUUUGAAGAAGGAAGCGAAGGUGAAGGACGACAGCGAAGAUAGCGAUGGUGAGGAUGAAGACAUGUCCGAAGACGUUCCAGGAGAUGACGAGGAGGAAGAGGAUUCUUCUGAGGAAGAAGGAAGUGCAGCUGCUGAGAAGGAUGAAGAGAUGGAGGUCGACGAAGACGAGGACAUGGAAGAAGACUCUGAUGGCGGACUAGAGGAGGAAGAGGAGGACAUGGAAGAAGAAGAAGACUCCAACAUCGCAGACGACGACGACGAGGAGGAGGAGCAAAAACAAGAUGCUUCCCACACUUCCUGGACAUCCUUUGGUGAGGAAUAUUUGGACCGCCGGGUCACGCGUGCUCUGGAGAAGCUGUACGAACGACCGACUGGCGUUCAGCGUCGUACGAUUCCACCUGCGCUGCAAGGGAAAGACGUGCUGUGUAAUGCACGGACCGGAAGCGGAAAAACCAUGGCAUUUUUGGUGCCGAUGAUAAAUCGAAUUUUGACAACCUCAGGUGCAGGAAAUUCGACUUCUUCUUCAACUCCCAAUGGCGCAUCAGCAUCCUCAGCGUCAACAUCCGGAGCUUCCUCUUCCUCUUGUCGUGGCGUUAUCUUGGCACCGUCAAAGGAGUUGUGCGUCCAGAUCGCGCAAGAAGCAGAAAAACUCCUAGAAUUCUGCUACACUGAAAUUUCCGUAGCCGCAGUGUUGGCGGGAGAACCGUUUGCGAGGCCAGAAUUGCCAACGAUCUUGGUCUGCUCGCCGACGACUUUGGUACCUAAUUAUUUCCAUUUAGAUUAUUGAUUUUCGCUAGUGUGGAGGAUGUUUCAUGUUUUUUCUAGUUCGACUCUCUUUGACAAAUGAUGUUGAUUUAUUUUGUAUCUACUCGACUUUCCGCUCUAUCCUCAAAUUGCGACUUCGUUUUCCAACCAAAAAUUCCAGACCGAGCUACUCCAAAUGCGACAAGAGCGACUGGAUUCUUUGCUGAUGCUAGUCGUCGACGAAGCCGACUUGAUGGUUACCUACGGUUACGACUCAGCUAUGGAAAAAGUGCGUGAGUUUCUGCCCAACCGUUAUCAAGCCCUCUUGUGCUCUGCGACUUUGAGCGAAGAAGUUGAGGAAUUGAAUUCCGUCUUGUUGCAUAACCCGGUUAGAGUGGAUACUUGUAGCACUGCUGGUGGAGGGAAUGGUGGAGAUUUAGACGGUCUUGAUGGCGAUUACGACAAAGAUGACUUGGCAAGUAACAGUAAGCUGAAGCAAUUUUACCUGCCGAUUAAGCGAGCUGAUCGAUUGCUUGUCAUUUACGGUUUUCUGCGAUUGAAGAUCGUCAGUGGGAAAGUCUUGCUCUUUGUCAAGUCGUUAGAGAACGCCUACAAGUUGAAGCUCUUUCUGGACAAGUUUGGGCUCGCGUCGACUGUGUUGAACCACGAGUUGAGCUUUGAAUCCAGACAAAACGUGAUCCAGACGUUCAACCAGGGACUGACCAACGUGGUGAUCGCAUGCGACGACGGGUUCGACGUGUUGGCUAAGGCUGGGACAUUCGGCAAGAAGGUGAAAGCCAUUAAGAAUACUAGGCAGCAAGAACAGCAGAAGAAGGGGAAGAAGCCGAGCAGAAAAGAAUGCUCAGAUAGCGAGGAGGACGAAGAAGACGACUUCUCUGAAUCUGAUUAUAGUGAUGAGGAAUUGGAUUUGGAGGAACGCUUUGCUUCUUCGUCUGAAGAAGAAGACGACACGUUGCUAGGUAAGAGGAAGAAGACCAAAGCCAACAGCACCGCGCACAUCAAAUUGGGCACACCAGAAAUCGGCAGGAACAAAGUUCCGAGUGCUAAGAUCCAGAAACUCAAAGACGAAAAUGCUCGUAAGGAGUUGGCAAGGAAAAAACACGCAGAAGCACUGAGGAAGAAGAAGGAGAAGGAAGACAUGGAUGAUUCAGACGAUGAUGAUUUUGACUCUGAUGAUGAUGACGAGGAUGGCUCAGACGACGAGGAUAUGGAGGACGAGGAAGACUCUGACGGAUCUGACGCUGAAGAGAACAAGAAGGCGAGCAGCAAGAAGGACAAGGCGAAAGCAAAGUCACAGAAAGAAUCUUCUAAGAAAGACAACGAUGAUGGCUUCGGAAGUGAUUUCUCAGAUGUCGAUGAGGACGGAGAUGGUACUCUAUAUUCAGUUUUAGAUGUGACUGUGUGUGUUACUAGAUCUAGUACUAUCCUGUUUUGUGAUGCAACAUCUUAUAAGAAGUCUCUCAUGUUAAAAAUCUCUUUCAAUACUACGACGUUUACAAGUAUUACACGCACGACUGAAUUCUAUUGCCCUCUCAUCAAUAAAAACAGACGACGAGAAGUUGCUUGAAGAAGAAGCCGCAUCAGACGAGGACGAUGAAGAUGAGGAGGACUUCGAAGGUGAGCUCGAAGACGACGACGAUGAGGAAGACGCUCAAAACAAGGCUCCAUCUCGUAAAGAAAAGAAAGCAGCCCUUGCUUCCUCGCAGAAAGCCCAGUUCUCAGCUACUCGUGGUCUUGAUUUCAAGGAUGUAGGAACCGUUCUGAACGUCGACGCUCCUAGAACGUUGAGAUCGUAUGUGCAUCGUGUGGGACGAACGGCAAGAGGCGGACAAGACGGCACUGCUUUAACCCUCAUCGAAGAAGAAUCCAACUCGCAGAUCAAGAUGAUGCACACCUUGGCGCAAAACACGCAUAAGCUCUUUGGUAAGAAUUACACAUCGUGAAGUGACUAUAUCUUAUACUUAAAGUUGUAUCAUGACCACACGCACAAGUAGGAAGUUCUUCCUCACCCUUCCGUGUUUACGAAUCGUCCUCUAUCGAAGUGAACUGUGGGCGCAAUGCAAUAUUAUCCCACCUGAACAGGUCCUCUCUCCACCGGCGUCCAGAAACUGCCUUUUGAGGUGGCCUCCAUCGAGCAACUGCGGUACCGAGUUAGGGACGUAGAGAGGUCCGUGACUAAAAAGGCUGUUAACGCUAUGCGACUUCGCGAACUGCAGUCUGAAGCAGUCAACUCGCAACGGCUGAAAAAAUACUUCGACGAAAACCCACAGGAUCUGAGGGCUUUGCGAAAAAGUCAGCGAGAAUUGAAGCAUAAAUCGAAGAAGAGCCAUUUGAGGUACUACCUGUUCUACUAGAGUUAUUUCUAUUGUUUUUGACGACACUUUUUCGAAUAAGAAGUACUUGCGAAGACGAGGAAAAGAUACUGCAACUGCUUUUUUUCAUCAAUGAAUCCUUCACUGGUGCUAUCUUCUCACCUUCCAAUCGUCCAGGUAUCUUCCCGAGUACUUAGUCCCUCGUUCUCUCGGUGCUUGUGGCGGCGCUGAAGAUCCAGUCGCGAAGGCUGUUCGCGAAAGCAAAGCAGAUGGAGAUCAGAGCAGCACAGGUGUUGCUAGAAGUCUUCAGAAUUCCUUCUCCGACAAACAGCGUCGACGACUCCUUUACAACGACGAACUACUUGCGAGCCAACUUGGAGGAGAGAGAUCGCUGAACAGUAUGGGCAAGCGAAAGGGAGGACGACCAGUAGUGACGCAAGAGAUGAUGGCCAGGAAGAGCAUGCGAUUAGACUCUUCUGCGGAUCCGGAGACACUUCCGCCACUCUCUGGCAGAAAACUGUGGAAGAUCAACAAGGGAAAACGCACUAAGAAGCCAGAUAGAAGUGCCUUCGGAGUGGGCGGAAGGAAAUUCGGACGUUCGGCUAAAAGAAGAGCGAAGAUCUUCCAUGGCAUUAAAUAAUGCCUCACGACAUACAACUGCAUGUUUGAUAAUGUUUUGAUGCAAUGACUCACUCACUCUCAUCCGAAUAUGCGCUACAGCAGAAAAGAUGCAAACUCAAACAUGUUAUUUUCACACCACGCAAAUUUCUUUAUCCCGGAAGUUUACUCAGAG